ACACAAACACCAAAAGUCAUUCUUCUCUCUCUCGAAGUUCCCUUCUUCUCCUUCUCUGCUUUGUUGCUAUAAAAAACCCUCUAGAUACCAUUCCAUUUGGAUUUCCAGGCAUUUCAAAGAAAAAGACACACCAUAUUACUCAAGACAAAAAAACAAAAACAAAUAAAGACUAUGAUUAUGCGCUUAGAAUCAGAGUUUUUAUAGUAGGAGUAGAUAGUACUGAUGGAAAUAGAGAGAACUUGUAAUGAUCUUCUAUACACACGGUUUCAAGCUUAUUGGAUUCUCAUGAAUUGCCGUUUUGUUUCUGGUUUUUAUGUCUGGAGUUGGGAAUUUCUCACUGCUAUUCUUAUCUUCAGUUCCUUAUCAUACUAAUCAAUAGUCAGCUACUAAUCAUAUAUAUAGAUCACCAUAUACAUAGUUUAGGAAAGCAAAGGGAUAUCAAAGAAAAUCAUCAAAGGAAGAAUCUUUGAUUAUUGCUUUGUAAAUUGUCAUUAUUAUAGCAGUUUCAUUAAGGUCUGUUUUUUCAAGUGUAUAGAAAGAUGGCACAUAGAUGUGUACCGGCACCAUUCUUAACAAAGACAUAUCAAUUGGUAGAAGAUUCAAGUACUGAUGAAGUUGUUUCAUGGAAUGAAACUGGUACUACUUUUGUUGUUUGGAAACCUGCUGAUUUCGCUAGAGAUUUGCUUCCUAAUUACUUCAAACACAACAAUUUCUCAAGCUUCGUUCGUCAACUUAAUACUUACGCAUUUCGAAAGAUCGUGCCAGAUAGAUGGGAGUUCGCAAACGACAACUUCAAGCGAGGAGAAAAAGAACUCCUCUCUGAGAUCCACCGCAGAAAAGUAGUGCAUCCUCCCCCAACGAAAACACUUCAGACGCUGGCUGAUGGAAAAUCCAAUGGCAGUUCCUCAUUGUCUCCGUCAAAUCCGAGUGAAGACCAAAGUUGUUCAGAGACUUCAAAUACUGGUUCCAAGAGUCAAACAAUGGAGGAGACCACAAACAUCAAUCAACUGUACGAUCUAUCAAACGAAAAUGAAAAGCUCAAGAAAAACAAUGAAAUCCUAAGUUCAGAAUUGGCGCAAACGAAGAAACAAUGUGGAGAACUCGUAAAUGUACUAUCCAAGUAUUUCAAUGUGGCAUCGGGUGAUAUAGACCGCAUCAUGUUGGAAAGUUCUGCCAGUGGGUCUAGGUCCAGCCAUGAGCAAACAGUUGACAUUUACGAAAAGGAUGUUGAUGAUGACGACGAAAAUGGAAGAAAAGAAGAGGAAGGAAUGAAAUUGUUCGGGGUUUGGUUGAAAGGGAGUAAUAAGAAGAGAGGGCGCGACGAGGUUAACAGUAAUGUCCGUGGGUCAUCGUCAUUGAAAGAGAUGAAGACAAUGGAAUGUCGUGGGGCACCGUGGAUGCAGAUCACUUCCUCCCCCGGCGAAAGCAGCAAAGUUUGCAACUAAUAACCAUGAUGAUGAGAAUCACCAUUAUGGCUAAAUUGAUUCUGGUUCCUCUUUCUACUCAAGGUGGGUGAACCGGAGAGAGAUAAAAUAUGGUUUGUUAAUUUUUACUGCAACACUUAGACAAAAGACAUAUAUAUAUAUAUAUACUCUGGUAGUUUAAAGUUUAAACAAGAGAUGAAUCGAGGAAGGUGAAAGCUGGAUCAAAAGCAAAUGGGUCUCUUUUUAUCUUUCUUCACUCUUCAGAUGAUAACUAGAAUAAAACAAUUAUUAUGUUGUUUAACUUAAUUUUGUUAAUAUAUGUGAUCUACAUUAUAUUA